GGCCCAGAGAAAAAUGCACUUUUUAGUACCUUGCAGACCAUUUUUCACACGCUUUUAAAUCUUUGGAGUCUCAAUUUGCAAACUUUUACUUUUUUUAUAAGCUGAUUUUAUGUCAAAGAAAAAUGGAGAGUCUCUUCGACGGAUGCGACAACUUCGUCAAGUUCCUGCACAACAAGCAGUGGAUCGCCGAGAGCGACGACAAGCGAGCGGCCAUCCAGAGAGGUCUGCAAUGGGCCAGUUUUGUCGAAGCCAUGCUCGCUAAGCUCCAAGCUGAAGACCUGGUCGAUGAGUUUGCUCAGAAGUACACAGACUGGAGGGCGGCAAUGGGCCUUCCUGCGCUCAAGUUUGCUGGGUUCAGAUUUGCUUGCGACGAGUUGAUUGGCAACAUCAUUAUGGAACACAUCGAGGACGAGGAGACGGUCUUCGUGGCGUUCGAAGAGUACCUGCAUGUGUGCGGUGGGCGCCGGACAAUGGACUUCAUCAAACGUUUCUCAAAUGAGUGUCUCCUGCUCAAAAUGUUCACCAUGUUCAUUUGCAACAAGAAGCACUACCCGGACGCAGCGACCCAGGGUCGGCUGUCGAAAGCAGUUUGGUACGACACUGUGACCAAAAUUUUGCCCCAGGAGGUGAUGCAGGACAAAGAUGCCUGGCGCGCCCAUAUUGAGGAACUCAUAUCCAGCAGAGUUGGUGUCGAGUCUUUAAUUUUUCUUAACAUCAUGCCCGAGCAGCAUUUCCAAACCGUCCAGACCUUGAUUUUGGAGAAGUUCCAAGGAAACCUGUUGAUCGACGGUGUCUCGACGUCCGCAAGCAUCGGACAGUUUUGGCAAAACUUUAUUAACUGUGAUUUUACACUGCUUCUAUUGCUGUUCCAAAGGUGCAGCGAGUUUUUCGAAGAGUUCUUUGAGUUUUUUCUGGUGUUUGCUAAUGAAAUUCAUUAUGACGAAGAUCAACAACUAUGGGCCUCAAAAAAUUGGCUGACUUUUGAAGAUGUUGUUCGGAUGAUAAAAUCUUUGACCACUUGCGCAGACGAAGGUCUGAGAAGUUAUGUAGAACACAUUGUUUCGAGUAUGGACGACAAGCCUUUGUGGCAGGCUGUGAAAAGUAAAAUUAAAGAUUCCUCUUAAUUAGUUAUUCGUGUGAAAAAUGGUAUGACAGGUCUGAAGUUGAGGAGAGGAGCGUCGAUUGAAAAUUUUAGACUGAGUGUGCCUGAAAACACCCCCUUCACUGCAGUGUUGAAGUUUGCGGCAGAGGAAUUUAAAGUUCCGCCUGCAACGUCUGCCAUAAUCACUGACGAUGGUAUUGGAAUAAAUCCUCAACAAACCGCAGG